AUGGAUGAUACAUACAAUGAUCCAGCUAAUUAUGCUCCUUUCGGAACAACAGCUGAUCAAGUCUAUGAUCAAAAGUGGUAUAUGCCUCCAAGUGGCGUACAACGAGGGUCAGCUUUCACUUCGAAUGGUGAUUCUUUGACUCGUAUAUAUCCAUCGAGAGAUUAUAUGUAUAGAGUGGCAGAAGAUAGUGCCAGUUUUCUACCGAAAAUUCCCGUUCAACCAAUCGGUUAUAGUGAAGCUGAAAUUCUUCUUCAGUAUUUGCAAGAAGAUGAAGUAGAUGCUCAAUGGCGUGGAGGUUUACGAAAUGUAACGUAUCGUUAUGGUGGAGAACUUCGUGAUGCAUCAGAUGCCUGGAAUCUGGGCUCUGUUGAUCCAACGAGUGGAACAGCUACUAUGCUAGAAGUAACGCGAGUACUUGGUCAAAUGUAUAAGAAUGGAUUUCGACCACAACGUAGUUCAAUGUUUUGUUCAUGGGGUGCUGAAGAAUAUGAACUCACUGGAUCGGUAGAAUACGUUGAGGCUGCUCAAGAUUUUGUUACACGAUCGAAAUCAAUGGAUUCAAAAAAUCUAUAUAAAAUUCGAGUAUAUAACGACCAAGUAUUGCAACUUGAACGUGCAUUUCUAAAUCCACUAGGACAAGGUCGUGAUUAUACUGAUUUUAAACAUAUUAUCUAUGCACUAGCCAAAGGUAAUCCAUAUGCAGCAACUGGUUGUCCUGCUGUCAGUGAUGUUAUUGCUAGCGGUAAUUCAACAGAAAUCACGAAUCCAAUAGCCGUAGCUACCUAUUUUGUGCACGGUAUUUUAUCUGUACUAAAGGAAGUUCAUAAUUUUUUUUCUUCUUAUUAA